UGGAAAUGGUCACUGAAGGCAGCCUGCAGUUGCUGGGGUUUUGAGUUCUCUGACUCGAUCAAGCCAGCCAGCAGAUGGGGAGGACUGGUGAGGGGCGUGUAGGGGAACUGAGCAGAGGAGCCAAGGAUCAUCUGGAUGAAUUGUCCAUGUUAGUGUACCCCUGGGAGCCCUGGACAGAGUGCAGAGGGCAAGGACGGGCCCACUGACAGCUGAAGCCCCAGUGCUGAGAUGGGGAAUGCAGCUCUCUGCUCGUCCUGCCAUGCGGAUAAGAGUGUCAGAGCCCAAGGCAACAUGCAGGACUUGGACAGAACUCCAGACUACUAUGGCUAUAACAGUGAGGACGUCAAAGAACCUGGGGUACGGUCUGACAGCAAUGCAAGCUUCCUGCGUGCUGCCAGAGCAGGCAACCUGGACAAAGUCGUGGAGUAUCUGAAGGGGGGUAUCGACAUUAAUACCUGCAACCAGAAUGGACUCAACGCUCUCCAUCUGGCUGCCAAGGAGGGCCACGUGGGGCUGGUCCAGGAGCUGCUGGGACGAGGGUCCUCGGUGGAUUCUGCCACUAAGAAAGGAAAUACUGCUCUUCACAUUGCAUCUUUGGCUGGACAAGCAGAAGUUGUCAAAGUUCUUGUUAAGGAAGGAGCCAAUAUUAAUGCACAGUCUCAGAAUGGCUUCACUCCCUUAUACAUGGCUGCUCAGGAGAAUCACAUUGAUGUUGUAAAAUAUUUACUGGAAAAUGGAGCUAAUCAGAGCACUGCUACAGAGGAUGGCUUUACUCCUCUAGCUGUGGCCCUCCAGCAAGGACACAAUCAGGCAGUGGCCAUCCUCUUGGAGAAUGACACCAAAGGCAAAGUAAGGCUGCCAGCUCUGCACAUUGCAGCUAGGAAAGACGACACCAAAUCUGCGGCACUCCUGCUUCAGAAUGACCACAACGCUGACGUCCAAUCCAAGAUGAUGGUGAAUAGGACAACUGAGAGUGGUUUUACUCCUUUGCACAUAGCUGCACACUAUGGAAACGUCAAUGUGGCAACUCUUCUUCUAAACCGGGGAGCUGCUGUGGACUUCACAGCCAGGAAUGGAAUUACUCCUCUGCAUGUGGCUUCCAAAAGGGGAAACACAAACAUGGUGAAGCUCUUACUGGAUCGAGGUGGUCAGAUCGAUGCCAAAACUAGGGAUGGGUUGACACCACUUCACUGUGGUGCAAGAAGUGGGCAUGACCAAGUGGUAGAACUUCUGUUGGAACGAGGUGCUCCCUUGCUGGCAAGGACGAAGAAUGGGCUGUCUCCACUUCACAUGGCUGCACAGGGGGACCAUGUGGAAUGUGUGAAGCAUUUGCUACAGCACAAAGCACCUGUGGAUGAUGUCACUCUUGACUACCUGACGGCCCUCCACGUUGCUGCACACUGUGGCCACUACCGCGUAACCAAACUCCUUCUGGACAAGAGAGCCAACCCCAACGCCAGAGCCCUGAAUGGUUUUACUCCACUGCACAUUGCCUGCAAGAAAAACCGCAUCAAAGUCAUGGAACUGCUGGUGAAAUAUGGGGCUUCAAUCCAAGCUAUAACAGAGUCUGGCCUCACACCAAUACAUGUGGCUGCCUUCAUGGGCCACUUGAACAUUGUCCUCCUUCUGCUGCAGAACGGAGCCUCUCCAGAUGUCACUAACAUUCGUGGGGAGACRGCACUGCACAUGGCAGCCCGGGCAGGGCAGGUGGAAGUGGUCCGAUGCCUCCUGAGAAAUGGUGCCCUUGUCGAUGCCAGAGCCAGGGAGGAACAGACACCUCUACAUAUUGCUUCUCGCCUGGGUAAGACAGAAAUUGUCCAGCUGCUUCUGCAACAUAUGGCUCAUCCAGAUGCGGCCACUACCAAUGGGUACACGCCACUGCACAUCUCUGCCCGGGAAGGCCAGGUGGAUGUGGCAUCUGUCCUCUUGGAGGCAGGGGCAGUACACUCCUUAGCUACCAAGAAGGGUUUUACUCCCCUGCACGUAGCAGCCAAGUAUGGAAGCCUGGAUGUGGCAAAACUUCUCUUGCAACGUCGUGCUGCUGCAGAUUCUGCAGGGAAGAAUGGCCUUACCCCGCUCCAUGUUGCUGCUCACUAUGACAACCAGAAGGUGGCGCUGCUGUUACUGGAGAAGGGUGCUUCCCCUCAUGCCACUGCCAAGAAUGGCUACACCCCUUUACAUAUUGCUGCAAAGAAGAAUCAGAUGCAGAUAGCUUCCACACUCCUCAACUAUGGAGCAGAGACUAACAUUGUGACAAAGCAAGGAGUAACUCCACUCCAUCUGGCCUCACAGGAGGGGCACACGGAUAUGGUCACCUUGCUUCUCGAAAAGGGAGCCAAUAUCCACAUGUCAACCAAGAGUGGACUCACCUCCUUACACCUUGCAGCUCAAGAAGACAAAGUAAAUGUUGCUGAAAUUCUCACCAAGCAUGGGGCUGACCAGGAUGCUCAUACAAAGCUUGGUUACACUCCUUUAAUUGUGGCCUGUCACUAUGGAAAUGUGAAAAUGGUCAACUUUCUCCUGAAGCAGGGAGCAAAUGUUAAUGCAAAAACCAAGAAUGGCUACACACCUUUGCACCAGGCUGCCCAGCAGGGUCACACGCACAUCAUCAAUGUCCUGCUACAGCAUGGAGCCAAGCCCAACGCCACCACUGCGAAUGGUAACACUGCCUUGGCGAUUGCUAAGCGUCUGGGCUACAUCUCCGUGGUCGACACCCUGAAGGUUGUGACCGAGGAGGUCACCACCACCACCACAACCAUCACAGAGAAACACAAGUUAAAUGUUCCUGAAACGAUGACCGAGGUUCUUGACGUUUCUGAUGAAGAAGGGGAUGACACCAUGACAGGUGAUGGGGGAGAAUACCUAAGGCCUGAGGACCUCAAAGAACUGGGUGAUGACUCCCUACCCAGCAGUCAAUUCCUGGACGGCAUGAAUUACCUGCGAUACAGCUUGGAGGGAGGACGAUCUGACAGUACCAUGCCCAGUUCCGACAGGUCUCACACUCUGAGCCAUGCAUCCUACCUGAGGGACAGUGCCAUGAUUGACGACACAGUUGUGAUCCCCAGUCACCAGGUGUCAACCCUAGCCAAGGAGGCAGAAAGGAAUUCUUAUCGUCUAAGCUGGGGCACUGAGAAUUUAGACAACGUGGCUCUUUCUUCCAGCCCUAUUCAUUCAGGCUUCCUGGUUAGUUUUAUGGUGGAUGCCCGAGGUGGCGCCAUGCGAGGAUGCAGACACAAUGGGCUCCGAAUCAUUAUCCCACCUCGGAAAUGUACUGCCCCAACACGAGUCACCUGCCGGCUGGUCAAACGCCACAGAUUGGCGACCAUGCCUCCAAUGGUGGAAGGAGAAGGCCUGGCCAGUCGCCUGAUCGAAGUCGGACCUUCUGGUGCUCAGUUCCUUGGUAAACUUCACCUGCCAACGGCUCCUCCCCCACUUAAUGAGGGAGAAAGUUUGGUCAGCCGCAUCCUUCAGCUGGGGCCUCCUGGAACCAAAUUCCUUGGGCCUGUGAUCGUGGAGAUCCCCCACUUUGCGGCCCUUCGAGGAAAGGAGAGGGAACUGGUGGUCCUGCGCAGUGAGAAUGGGGACAGCUGGAAAGAGCAUUUCUGUGAAUACACCGAAGAUGAACUGAAUGAAAUCCUUAACGGCAUGGAUGAAGUGCUGGAUAGCCCAGAAGACCUAGAGAAGAAGCGAAUCUGCCGCAUCAUCACACGUGACUUCCCCCAGUACUUUGCAGUGGUAUCUCGCAUCAAACAGGACAGCAACCUGAUUGGCCCAGAGGGAGGUGUGCUGAGUAGCACGGUGGUACCCCAGGUGCAGGCUGUCUUCCCAGAGGGAGCACUAACCAAGAGGAUCCGUGUAGGCCUACAGGCUCAACCUAUGCACAGUGAAUUGGUUAAGAAGAUCCUUGGCAACAAAGCUACCUUCAGCCCUAUAGUCACUUUGGAACCUAGAAGAAGAAAAUUCCACAAGCCAAUCACCAUGACCAUUCCUGUCCCCAAAGCUUCAAGUGAUGUCAUGCUGAAUGGUUUUGGGGGAGAUGCACCAACCUUAAGAUUGUUAUGCAGCAUAACAGGUGGAACCACCCCUGCGCAGUGGGAAGACAUUACAGGAACCACACCCCUAACAUUUGUCAAUGAAUGUGUUUCCUUUACAACUAAUGUGUCUGCCAGGUUCUGGCUGAUAGAUUGUCGACAGAUACAGGAAUCCGUUACCUUUGCAUCACAAGUGUACAGGGAAAUUAUCUGUGUACCUUACAUGGCCAAAUUUGUCGUGUUUGCCAAAUCACAUGACCCCAUUGAAGCCAGAUUGAGAUGUUUCUGCAUGACUGAUGAUAAAGUGGAUAAGACCCUUGAACAACAAGAAAACUUCGCUGAAGUGGCCAGAAGCAGGGAUGUGGAGGUAUUAGAAGGAAAGCCCAUCUACGUUGAUUGCUUCGGCAACCUGGUGCCAUUAACCAAGAGUGGCCAACACCACAUAUUCAGUUUUUUUGCCUUUAAAGAAAACAGACUUCCUCUCUUUGUCAAGGUACGUGAUACAACUCAGGAACCUUGCGGACGACUAUCAUUUAUGAAGGAGCCCAAAUCCACAAGAGGCCUGGUGCAUCAAGCUAUUUGUAACUUAAACAUCACCCUGCCGAUUUAUAUGAAGGAGUCAGAGUCAGACCAAGAACAGGAGGAAGAGAUCGAUAUGACAUCUGAAAAAAAUGAUGAGACAGAAUCUACAGAAACAUCUGUCCUGAAAAGUCACCUGGUUAAUGAAGUUCCUGUCCUAGCCAGUCCGGACUUGCUCUCUGAAGUUUCUGAGAUGAAACAAGAUCUGAUCAAAAUGACCGCCAUCUUGACCACAGAUGUGUCUGAUAAGGCAGGUUCUAUUAAAGUGAAGGAGCUGGUGAAGGCUGCGGAGGAAGAGCCAGGAGAGCCCUUUGAAAUUGUGGAAAGAGUCAAAGAGGAUUUAGAGAAAGUGAAUGAAAUCUUGAGAAGCGGAACCUGCUCCAGAGAGGAAAGCAGUGUGCAGAGCUCUGCUCAGUCUGAGAAAGAACUAGUGGAGGAAGGAUGGGUUAUUGUCAGUGAUGAGGAAAUAGAAGAGGCCAGACAAAAAGCACCUUUAGAAAUCACUGAAUAUCCAUGUGUAGAAGUUAGACUAGAGAAAGAGACCAAAGCCCAAGUAGAGAAAGAUGACACUGGGUUAGUGAACUACCUUGUUGAGGACCUCAAUUCCUAUGUGUCUCCUCCUGGAGAGAAGCCACAGACAGGUCACGAUGUGGCCAGGGAGAAAAGUGAGGCUCCCUCUGUUGGCAAAAGCUCGGAGAAAGAAGGGAAGGCUGCACCCGCCGAUGAGAAACAGGGCCUGCAGAAACCGCACAAACCAACCCUGGGAAUAAAGAAGCCUGUGAGAAGGAAAUUAAAAGAAAAGCAGAAACAGAAAGAGGAAAGCAUAAACGCAAGUGAAGACAAAUCAGAAGUUAAAAAAGGUAGUUCGGAAGAGUCACUAGAUGAAGAUGCAGGUCUGGCCCCAGACUCUCUUCCCACUGUGAAGGCCACCUCUCCUCUGAUAGAAGAAACUCCCAUUGGUUCCAUUAAGGAUAAAGUAAAGGCCCUUCAGAAGCGAGUGGAAGAUGAACAGAAAGGUCGAAGCAAGUUGCCCAUCAGAGUCAAAGGCAAAGAGGAUGUGCCCAAGAAGACCACUCACAGGACGCAUCCAACGGCAUCGCCUUCUCUGAAGUCAGAGAGACAUGCCCCAGCGUCUCCCUCCCCUAGAACAGACAGGCACUCUCCCCUGUCCUCCUCUGCGAAAAACGAAAGGCAUCCUCCAGUGUCACCAUCCAGCAAAACCGAGAAACACUCACCUGUGUCACCCUCAGCCAAAACCGAAAGACAUUCACCUGUGUUGUCAUCAGGUAAAACUGAGAAACACUCACCUGUAUCKCCCUCCACAAAAGCUGAAAGGCACUCGCCUGUGUCAUCCACAAAGACAGAAAGACACCCACCUGUUUCUCCUUCCACCAAAACAGACAAGCGUCCACCUGUGUCACCUUCCGGGAGAACYGAGAAACAUCCUCCAGUGUCACCUGGGAGAACGGAAAAACGCUUGCCCGUUUCACCCUCUGGAAGAACAGAGAAGCACCCACCUGUGUCAACCGCUGGGAAAACAGAGAAGCACCUCCCUGUGUCACCUUCUGGGAAAACAGAAAAGCAGCCACCUGUGUCCCCCACCUCAAAAACAGAAAGAAUUGAGGAAACCAUGUCUGUUCGGGAGUUGAUGAAAGCUUUCCAGUCAGGUCAGGACCCAUCUAAACAUAAAACUGGACUCUUUGAACAUAAAUCAGCAAAACAGAAACCCUCCCAAGAGAAAGGUAAAGCUGCUCGAGUAGAAAAAGAAAAGGGGCAGACAGCAACCCUGAAGGAAACACAGAGAACAGAGACUCAGACCAUCAAAAGAGGCCAGAGAUUCCUAGUCACAGGAGCUUCCGAAUCCAGGAGGGGGGUCCGGACCUCCUCGAUGGGAUUUAAGAAGGAGGAUGCAGUUGGAGAAAAGGAGAAAGCACCCAGUCCCAAAACACCGGAACCCGUUCACUCAGCCCCUGAAGAAGAAAGCCAUAGAGAGAGUGAAGUUCCCAAAGAAAAAAUGGUGGAUGAGCAGGGAGACAUGGACCUCCAGAUCAGCCCAGACAGGAAAACCUCCACUGACUUUUCUGAUGUCAUUAAGCAAGAAUUGGAAGACAAUGACAAAUACCAGCAAUUCCGGAUGAGUGAAGGGACCGAAAAGGUGCAGCUUCACUUAGACCAGGUCCUCACUAGCCCUUUCAAUACAACCUUUCCACUAGAUUACAUGAAGGAUGAAUUCCUUCCGGCUCUGUCUCUGCAGAGUGGUGCUUUGGAUGCCAGUUCUGAAAGCCUAAAACAGGAAGGGAUAGCAGGCUCUCCAUGUGGCAGCCUGAUGGAGGGGACCCCUCAGAUUAGUUCAGAAGAGAGCUAUAAGCAUGAGGGCCUAGCAGAGACCCCUGAGACAAGCCCAGAGAGCCUUUCUUUCUCACCAAAGAAAAGUGAGGAGCAGAUUGGGGAAACCCAGGAAACCAAGUUAGACACGCCCCCAGAAACACAUUCAGGAGAAGAACAUCACCCCACCAAAGACAUUACUGAUGGUUCUGAAGAGCAAGGUGCUGCAGUCACUGAGGGCUCAGAGCCCUCUACUGAGUGCUUUCAGAAGGUGACCACCCCAGACCCUUCCAAAGACAUAAGCCCCCAACCAGAAGGCAGCAGCAGUGUAUCGUUAGCAACAGAAACACCCAAGGCAUUGACGGAUGAAAGUCAGCUUACACUUGAUAGUUCAGCUCACAAGACUCCAACUGAUGGUGAGGCUCGGAAAUCUCCAGAUGAGACAAAGUCCUCACCUCUGACUGAUGCAUCUGUAAAGACAGACACAGGAAUUGCAUCGAAGCCUCAGGGAGGCAUUAGAAGUCCCCAAGGGUUGGAACUUGCACUCCCUAGCCGUGACAGUGAGGUCCUCAGCCCAAUGGCUGAUGAAUCAUUAGCAGUCAGCCACAAAGACUCUCUGGAAGCCAGCCCUGUUCUGGAAGAUAACUCCUCACACAAGACUCCCGAUUCUCUGGAGCCAAGUCCUCUGAAAGAAUCCCCCUGUCGGGACUCUCUCGAAAGCAGCCCCGUGGAACCAAAGAUGAAGGCAGGAAUUCUUCCAAGUCACUUUCCUCUUCCUUCAGCUGUCACCAAAACAGAACUCGUUACGGAAGUGGCCUCCAUGAGGUCCCGGUUGCUCCGAGACCCCGACGGCAGUGCUGAAGAUGACAGUCUUGAGCAGACGUCACUCAUGGAGAGCUCAGGGAAGAGCCCUCUUUCUCCUGACACCCCCAGCUCUGAAGAAGUUAGCUAUGAGGUCACACCCAAAGCUGCAGAUACAAGUACACCCAAACCAGCUGUGAUUCAUGAAUGUGCAGAGGAGGAUGACUCAGAAAACGGGGAGAAAAAGAGGUUCACACCUGAAGAGGAAAUGUUCAAAAUGGUAACCAAAAUUAAAAUGUUUGAUGAACUUGAACAAGAAGCCAAGCAGAAAAGGGACUACAAAAAAGAACCCAAACAAGAGGAAUCUUCCUCAUCCUCUGACCCAGAUGCAGACUGCUCAGCAGAUGUGGAUGAACCAAAACAGAUGGAGAACAUGGCAGGUGAAAGCCAUGUCCCCGUGUUGGUGACUUCUGAGAGCAGAAAGGCUUCUUCCUCUUCAGACAGUGAACCUGAAUUGACGCAGCUGAAGAAAGGUGCUGACUCUGGCCUUUUACCAGAACCAGUUAUUCGAGUGCAGCCUCCUUCCCCACUCCCAUCCAGCAUAGACUCCAAUUCUAGUCCAGAAGAGGUGCAGUUCCAGCCUAUAGUUUCCAAACAAUAUACUUUCAAGAUGAAUGAAGAUACUCAGGAAGAGCCAGGUAACUCAGAAGAAGAAAAAGACUGUGAAUCCCCUUUAGCUGAAGACAGUCACCCUUUUUCCACGGAUGAUGCAGAUAGAACUUAUGAUGAUCUAAGCAGAGACACUGAUCAGCCAAAAGUCUGUGAUGGCCAUGGAUGUGAGGCUGUGAGUCCUACCUGCUCAACCACCCCUAUCUCUUCAGGUCUCCAGAAUUCUGCUGGUGAUGAUGUCGAUGAGCAGUUAGUCACCCACAAGGAAUCAUUCGCUCCCCAAGAUACUCAUGAAAAUGACACAGGAGAAGAGCUUGAUGCUCCUGCUGUGAAAUCGCCACAGGGAGAAUGCCCCAGUGAAAACUGUUCUUCUUUGUCCCCUCUGCCUCAUUGUCCCGAAUCUGAAGGAAAGGAAUUAGAUGAUGAUCUAUCCUCCGCAUCUUCCACAACAAAAGUGGAGGUCACAAAAACGGAUGAAACAUUGGAGAAUAUACCAAAGGACUGUUCUACUCAAGAGAACACUAUUACCACUCAAACAGAUAGGUUUCCCAUGGACGUUCCAGUUUCCGACCUAGCUGAGACUGGUGAAAUCUACGAUCCACAUGUCAUAAGCCCUUAUGAAAAUGUUCCUACCCAAUCUUUUUUCUCUAGUGAAGAAAGCAAAACCCAAACAGGCACAAGUCACACCUCAAGUGAUUACUCUUCUGAAGUAUACUCUGUGACUACAUCCUCUGUUGAAGAUGUAUUAGUAACGAGCUCCUCUAGUACAACUGUUUCCAGCAAAGAAUCUAAUCUUGAGGGACAGAACCUAGAAAUCGAAUCUAGGCAAGAAAGUACCUUGUGGGAAAUGCAAUCAGAUAGAGCCUCCUCUUUAGAGCCUGGUGUACCAAGUACACCAGCAGUCAUUAGUGAACAAAUAAGCAAAGUCAUCAUCACAAAAACUGAUGUGGAUUCUGAUUCCUGGAGUGAAAUUCGUGAAGAUGAUGAAGCCUUUGAAGCUCGAGUGAAAGAGGAAGAACAGAAGAUAUUUGGCCUGAUGGUGGACAGACAAUCUCAGGGUACUACCCCUGACACCACUCCUGCUAGGACCCCAACCGAAGAGGGGACCCCAACGAGUGAGCAAAAUCCAUUUCUCUUUCAGGAAGGAAAAUUGUUUGAGAUGACCCGAAGUGGGGCCAUUGAUAUGACCAAAAGGUCCUAUGCGGAUGAAAGUUUUCACUUUUUCCAAAUUGGGCAAGAAUCUGGGGAUGACACUCUCUCUGAAGACAUGAAAGAAGGGGUCACUGGAGCUGAGCCCCAACAGCUGGAGUCAACAGCUGAGUCACUAGCACUUUCAGAAUCAAAGGAAACGGUGGACGAUGAAGGCGAAUUACUUCCAGAUGACUUGAGCGAGGAAGUAGAGGAAAUAUCUGCUUCAGAUACUCACCUUAACUCCCAAAUGGGAAUUUCAGUUUGCAUGGAACCAUCCACAAAAGAGGCCAUUGCUACAGGGGCUGAGGACCUCCCCACCAUGCAAAGGGGUGAUACACCUUCUCUGUCCAAUGUGAAGCAGACACCUUGCUCUGACUCUCCAGAACCAGUUGUACAAGUUCAGUUAGAUUUUUCCACAGUCACCAGGUCCGUAUAUUCAGAUCGGGAUGAUGAUUCCCCCGAUUCUUCCCCGGAGGAACAGAAAUCAGUGAUCGAAAUCCCAACUGCACCCAUGGAGAAUGUGCCUUCCACUGAAAGCAAAUCCAAAAUUCCUGUAAGGACUAUCCCCACUUCAAUCCCAGAGCCUCCAUCUGUAGAGGAUGAGAGUACGUUUUCUGAAGAUGUUCUAUCUAGUCUGGAUGAGGAAAGUAAGGAGGAGGAAGCAAAACCAAAGUCCAAAAUCCCCAUCAAAGCACCCAUCCAAAGAGUGGAGCAGUCGCUCUCACACCUAGGUGCAUCUCUUCAGCAGUCAGUUGCUCCUCAGGGACAGGAUGUGACAAGCAGAGCACCAGAUAACAGAAGCCAAUCMGAAUCUGAUGUUAGUCCAGAGGACUCAAAGACCAAAUGCCCAGUGAAGGCCAGAAGUGAUACUGAGACAGAAACAGAGAGCAGAGAGGGGGCAGAGGAGCUUGAGUUAGAAUCAGAAGAAGGGGCCACAGGACCAAAGAUAUUUGCGUCCCGUUUGCCAGUUAAGAGCAGAAGCACCACAUCAUCCUGCAGGGGGGGCAUGAGCCCCACAAAAGAAAGUAAGGAGCAUUUCUUUGACCUUUACAGGAACUCCAUAGAAUUCUUUGAGGAGAUUAGCGAUGAGGCUUCCAAAUUGGUGGAUAGACUUACACAGUCAGAAAGGGAGCAGGAAUUAGUUUCAGACGAUGAAAGUAGUAGUGCCCUGGAAGUUUCAGUUAUUGAAAAUCUGCCACCUGUUGAGACCGAGCACUCAGUUCCUGAGGACAUCUUUGACACAAGGCCCAUUUGGGAUGAGUCCAUUGAGACUCUGAUUGAACGCAUCCCUGAUGAAAAUGGCCAUGACCAUGCUGAAGAUCCACAGGAUGAGCAGGAACGGAUUGAGGAGAGGCUGGCUUACAUUGCUGAUCAUCUUGGCUUCAGCUGGACAGAACUGGCAAGAGAAUUGGAUUUCACUGAAGAGCAAAUUCAUCAAAUUCGAAUUGAGAACCCCAACUCCCUUCAGGACCAGAGUCAUGCACUGUUGAAGUACUGGCUGGAAAGGGAUGGGAAACAUGCUACUGAUACCAACCUCAUUGAAUGUCUUACCAAGAUCAACCGAAUGGAUAUUGUUCACCUCAUGGAGACCAGCACAGAACCUCUCCAGGAGCGCAUCAGUCAUAGCUAUGCAGAGAUUGAGCAGACCAUUACACUGGACCAUAGUGAAGGUUUCUCAGUACUUCAAGAGGAGCUCUCCGCUGCCCAGCAUAAGCAGUCAGAGGAGCAAGCUCUUUCUAAAGAGAGCGAGUCCAGUGACCACCCUCCCAUCGUCUCUGAGGAAGACAUUUCUGUUGGUUAUUCCACGUUUCAGGAUUCCAUCCCUAAAACUGAGGGAGACAGUGCAACAACAGUACUUUCUCCCCAAACACACAAGGAACAAGUUCAACAAGAUUUCUCAGGGAAAAUGCAAGACCUGCCUGAAGAUAAGCAGGAAUACUUUGUGACCACCCCAGGUACAGAGGGGUCAGAGACUCACACGGCAGAGCCUGGCUCUCCCAGCAAGACUCCUGAGGAGAUUAGUACCCCUCCUGAGGAGGAGAGGCAGUACCUUCAGACCCCAACGUCCAGUGAGCGGGGAGGCUCCCCCAUUGUGCAAGAACCUGAAGAGCUCCCAGAGCCCAGGGAGGAGGGUUCCCCACGGAAGACCAGUCUGGUGAUAGUGGAGUCUGCUGAUGACCAGGCACAGACGGUGGAGAGACUCGAUGGAGAUGCAACUUUUGACAAGGGAGAUGAUAUGCCUGACAUCCCCCCAGAAACAGUCACAGAAGAAGAAUAUAUUGAUGAGCAGGGACACACCGUGGUGAAGAAGGUUACUAGGAAAAUCAUUAGGAGGUAUGUAUCCUCGGAUGGCACAGAGAAAGAAGAGAUUACGAUGCAAGGGAUGCCACAGGAACCUGUCACCAUCCAGGAAGGCGAUGGCUAUUCCAAAGUCAUAAAGCGUGUUGUAUUGAAGAGUGACAUCGAGCAGUCAGAGGUCACUUUGUCUGAACCCAGCAUUUUGUCCAGUGCCUCACAAUUUCAGGCUGAGCCAGUAGAAGGCCGUAGAGUGAGCAAAGUUAUUAAAACAACUAUGGUGCGUGGAGAAAGGAUGGAGAAACAUCUGGGRGAUUCUAGUUUAGCCACUGAUCUUCCUUCAGCCAAAGAUGACUUUGAAGAGGCUUUGAGUUACACAGGUAGCCACAUGAAAGUCCACUUUCCCAGUUUAGUAGAGAAUGAAAUCCUGAAAGAGGAUGGAUCAAUAAUUAAAAGGACAACCAUGAGUAAAGCCAGCACACAGAAGAGGGCUGUGGUGAAGGACCAGCAUGGAAAACGCAUAGACUUGGAGCACCUGGAGGAUGUACCUGAAGCAUUAGAGCAGGAUGACCUCCAGCGCGACCUCCAGCAACUCCUUCGGCAUUUCUGCAAGGAGGACUUGAAGCAAGAGGCCAAAUGAGGGGCUGCCCAAUUCUCAUACCAGAAACCACACAUUCACUCAAUAUGCAACUUCCCAUUUCCUUAGAGGAGUGACCUAUCUGGCCUAAUUGAUGGGAUCCCCAGACAUUUCCACUGUUAGCAAACAUACAGCAUUUUGUUUUAGUUUUCCCCCAUCCUUUUCAACUAUAAGCUAAUUUGUGACCAAAGAUGGCAUCCUUCAUUCUGGAUGCUGUAUCCACUACUUUGUGUGUCUGUGCUAACCUGGGAACUGGCCACCUCCAUUGUUCUUGCUUCUGCCCAAGCUCCGUGAAAAUCCACCGCUCAGAAGAACUUCACCUAUAGACCUCUUCAAGUGACCACGCAGAGGAAUCCUUCCGAGGGAUAUCCAUGUACAAUGUAUAUAGCUGAAAUGCUCAGAUGAACACCAUAUUAAAAUUAAAACCACUGCCUAUCAUAACCACACUGGGCAUCAUGGAAUAAAAGGCCUCUAGAAAACGAACAAUGGUUAAUUAAGAUAUUGCUAACACAAUCGAAUGAUAAUCCAGUUCUACUGCAAAAGAAGCACUUCAGACCUAUCAUGUCCUUAGAACUUGCAGAAUAGCCAUUGCUCCUAGGUAAAGAUGGGUUAAUAAUCUUGAACUAUGCUAAGAAGUUAUGGCUGGUGCUGGCCAGCAUACUUUGUGACUCUCCAACACCAUACUGAGGGAGGGGAAGGAGGGAGCAAAAAGGUGAAGAGAUUCAAACAAUGAGGUAUUCGGUUGCUAGAAGCUACAUCCCGUGGCCUUCUAGCAUCAUCAGGUCUUGUAGAUUUUGAACACGUUGGCAGGGUAUUUUAAAAGCUAUAACUACUGUAGUUUUCCAGUUUUCAUUGCUGCUUUAGCAAACCACGCUGUCUUACUGGUGGUACUUUCUUCUGGCCACUGCACUGUAGAUACUCCAUUGGAAACAAGAUUUACCCACUACACAAAAGAUUAAAACUCCUUCACCAUGUUGGAGUGGUUUCUUUUUUUUUUUUUUUUCAUUUUUUUUCCUCCAGAUUUAUAUCUUCUCUAAUACCUGCAUGUGGCAUUGAAAAAAAAUCAAAACCACAGUCAAAAACCCCUCUUCUAAUCACAUUAAUGGUUUUUYGUUCCUUUUGCCCUGAGUGAGCACUUUCCAUUGUCCAGCUAGGUCUGUUUUUCAGCUUGCAGACAAAAUUGAGAAAUCCUUUGAAAAUUUGGUUUUGGUUAAAAUUUUUCGGUUUAUUUAUUUGAAAUCCAAACUCCCUUGGAAACUCUUAAGUGCAUUUGUGCACUUUACUAUUUGUUUGUUUCAAAGAAGGGACUGUAACAACCUGAGUGAUUUCCAUGUCCUCUUUCUUAUUCCUCUAGUGGUUGAAGCUGUGUAGCAUUUUAACAUAUAUAUAUAUUCACAAAUAUAUUCAUAUAAACAGUAUACAUUUUGAAUCAGUUAUUUGUUAAAGAAAAGUAUAUUCAAUGAAGAUGAAAUUUWAAAAAAGAGAAAAAAAAAAAGAGUCUAUCCUCCAGGGAUCGAGCUUUCUCCAAUUCUAUCUGGUCUUUUCCUGUUGUGCAAAAAAAUGACUCAUUGCUCCAAAUGUCAAAAACAAAUGCGACAAACAAUGGCACUUCAUCAUUUAUAGUACRUUGCCAAAAGAGAAAAUUUCCUGGGAGGGAGGUUUCCCAUAAGCCAAAUCUCCUAAGCCUCAAAUACUAGCACUUUUUGGCAGUUGGAUAGGAAAUACAAGCAUUCUUUGGCAGCCAAAAGGAGAAAGGCCUGUGGCGAAACUUUUUGAGACACGCCAUGGCCUUCUUGUCAAAAACCUUCA